AUGGAAGAUUUAGGUUUCUCGGAGUAAGACAGAGAUGCUCUAGAAAGAGAAUUUCAGGAUGUAAGGUAUCUUUGAUCAUAUAGAUAAUCAACGAAUUAGCCAAUGAGCCUGCUCUAGAGAGAUUUAGACAAGAAUACACAAAAUUGCAUCAAGCAUUUCGAAACGCCUAUGAUUAAGAGAGAAGAUUGCUUAGGAAAUUGAGAGAUAUCAACAGCGAUAUUUUAAACAAUGCGGGCAAAGUAACUAAUGCGCUCAAAUUUUCACAAGAAGACAGCGAGAGAAUUAAGUUACUAAAAACUGAACUUGAUAACACCUACAAAGUCAUAGAAUAAGCAUAGAUGAGGGAAGACAAAUUGAAAUAGAAGAUUGAAAACUUUUAAGCUGAAAUUAAACAUUUAUAAGAUUUGGUUGAACAAGGUAAUGCUCUCUAGAGUUAAACAAACAAAAUCACAGAACUCCAAACUCAGAAAGAGGAUUUAAUGAAAGGUAUACAUAUAAUAUAUUGUAGAAAGGGACAGUUUGUAGGCGGAGUUAAUCAAAAAUAGGUCAGAAACCGGUAAUCUAAUUGAAAAAUUGAAACUGUUAGAAAAUGAAAAAUUAAUACUUGAUUAAAGUUCUCAGUAACUCAAAAAGAAUUUAUAAGAAAUGUAAGAAAAAGUAGACAAGGACGAAUAAAGAAGAAAUAACAUUAAUGAAGAAUUAGAAUAAUUAAGGUAGAACUACAUUAAAACAAAAAAAGAAUAUGAAAAAUAGAAAGAAGAUUUAUCAAAAGUCCAAGUUGAACUAAAGAAACAAACAGAAACAUUGUAGAAAAAGGAUAUAGACAAGGAAAUUGAGGAAAAUGAACUCAAAAAUUUAAGGGAUCAAGUGACUGAUGUUAAAAAGAUUUACAAAGAAAUUAUGGCUAAAAAGGAAGAAAAUGAAGAUAUUAGAGAAAGUAAUGAAGCUGAAAUAAUUAAAUUGAAAAAUGAGAAGAACAAUGCAAGAACUCAUUUGAAUUAAAUAGAAAAGAAAAAUAAUAAUUUAAAUAAGAAAUUGCUUGAUUUAUAGAAACAAAGAGAUAAAAUUAUUAAGGAUAAAGAGGUUGCAAUUAAUUCAAUUCAAUAAUUAGAUAGACAUGUUACAGAUACGAAGAAAUUUAAUGAAUAGGAUUAGUAGUUACUUGAAGAAUUGAGAAAAGCACAUAUCAAUUUUGCUAAUCAUAAAGCAAAAUCUGAAGAAUACAAUAGUAAAUUAAAUGAAAAAAUUAAUUUGAUUGAUAAGGAGAUAGAAUCAUAUGAAAAAGAAAUAUUAUAACUUUAAGAGGAGGUAGAUGAAAGAGAAAAGUAAUUUGUAAUCAAUACGAAAAAGAAGGAAAAAUUUGGAAAGGAUGCUGCUUUAAUAAAUGCUAAGUUUUUGCAUUCUCAAGAGGAGAUUAAAUUGAAAGAUAAUUUAAUAAGUGAAUUCUAAAAGAAGAACAUUGAAACAGAUAAUAAAUUAAAAUAGCAAUAACAUUUAUAUGAGGAAGUAAGAUCCGAUAGAAACUUGUACUCUAAAAACUUGUUAGAAACAUAGGAUGAAAUUGCUGUCAUCAAAAGAAGACAUAAAAUAGUUUAACAUCAAAUAGCUUAAUUAAAAGAAGAAAUUGAUGCCAAAGAAGUUGCUCUGGCCAAGGAACAUUUUGAGCAUAAAAAGAAAGAUAAAACUAUAGAGGAGUGUUGCAGAAUCCUAGAAAAGAACAGAAAGGAGAUUGAGGAGAAAGAAGAAACAAUCAAGAAUUAUGUAGGUGAGAUAUCGAAAUUGCAUUUUGUUCUAAAAGAUAGCGAAAUUAAGAGGCAAAAACUUAAAGAGGAAUAUGAAACAGUAGUUUCUGAAAGGGAUAUUCUGGGUACUCAAUUAAUCAGAAGGAAUGAUGAAUCAGCAUUAUUGUAUGAGAAAAUCAAGGUGUAAUAAGAAACUUUGGCUUAUGGAGAAUAGUAAUAUCGAGAGAGAUUGAGUGAUAUUGAAUUAUUGAAAUUCAAGAUCUCUGAUCUACAAAGAGAACUGAAGAUAAAAAGAAAGAAGGCUGGUUAAGCUCCCAUUUUAAAGGAAAAGAUAAACAAUUUAUAAAAAGAUUUAGUCGAAGAAAAAUUGAGAGUAAAAGCAUUAAGUGAAGAAUUGGAGAAUCCAUUAAAUCCUUAAAGAUGCAAAAAGCUAGGAGGAGUAAUAAUUGAUAUUAAUUAUAGAGUGAUCCAGAUGUAUACGAAAUGAAAUAGAAAAUAAAAACUUUGUAAAGAAGACUCAUCUAUAAAACUGAAUAAGUAGUAGAGAAAGAAGUACUAAUUCAAUAGAAGGAGAAAUAAAUACUUGAAUUGAGGGAUAUUAUGAGGAAGCAACCAGGGUUGGAAGAGGCAACCUAAAUCUCAAAAUUGUAAGAGUAAAUGAAGGCCAAGACUAGACAAAUGAAAAGUUUAGCUGCCGAAUUAAAUAUGUAUUAGGCUUAGGUAUUAGAUCUUCUUAUUUGUUUAUAGAUCAACGAAUACAAGUAUGAUAUUGAAAGAUUAAAUAAAGAACUUUAAGAGACUAAUAGAAAGUAUUUGGAAUAGAGAAGGAGGGAGUAGAUUCAAUAGGAACAACAAUAAUUAAUGGAAUAAAAUCAAUAGAAUUAACAACCAGAAUGAUCAUAUAUUAUAAUAUGUUAUAUUAUCUAAGAAGAG